AUGGCGGCCGCAGCACCAGCUUCAGAUGAUCUGAAACCUGUGAAGCGGAGCAGCAGCUAUGGAUUGCUGCCACCCUCCAUGUCUGAGCUGAGGGUUGUUCUGCUGGGGAACAGCUGGUCUGAGAGGAGCUCAGUGGGGAACUUCAUACUGGGAGAGACUAAGUUCAACACUGAGGAAGAACCAGAUCGCUGUCUGAGAGAAAGAGGACGGUUGAAGAAGAAAAAAAUAGUUCUCAUCAACACCCCAGAUCUGCUGCAUCCCAACGUCUCUGAAGAGAAGCUGACAGAACAUGUGACAAACUGUGUGAAUCUCUGUGAUCCUGGACCUCAUGUGUUCCUGCUGGUUCUACAGCCUGAAGACUUCACUGAGGAACACAAACUGAGGCUCUGCAGAGUCCUGAAACUCUUCAGUGAUCGAUCAUUUGAUCAUUCACUGGUUCUGAUAUCAACACCCAGAGAGGAGAGUCCAGGUUUGAUGGACAAAGAUGUUUCAGACCAGCCCUUAAAAGAUAUUAUUAGAAUGUGUAGAUACAGAUACUUGAAACAGGAGAACCUUGAACUUCCAGAGCUGUUAACACGUUUGGGUCAAACUGCAAAGGAGAACGAUGGAGAGAAUGUGAGCUGUGAAGUUUGUGAGGAUGCAGGUUUAAUCAUGACACCAAAGUCUGAACACAUCAAACCAGCUUUAAACCUGGUUCUGUGUGGGAGGAGAGGAGCAGGAAGGACUUCAGCAGCCAAGGCCAUUUUAGGUCAGACAGAGUUUCAUUCAGUCUCCAACUCAUCAGAGUGUGUUAAACAUCAGGGAGAGGUGUGUGGACGUUGGGUUUCCCUGGUGGAGCUGCCUGCCUUGUAUGGAAAACCUCAGGAGGCAGUGAUGGAGGAAUCACUCAGGUGUAUCUCCCUCUGUGAUCCUGAGGGCGUCCAUGUCUUCAUCCUGGUCCUACCUGUGGGUCCCCUCACUGAUGAAGACAAGGGAGAGUUAAAGACCAUCCAGAACACAUUCAGCUCUCGAGUCGAUGACUUCACCAUGAUUCUGUUCACUGUGGAGUCAGAUCCUGCAGCUCCAGCUGUUGUUAACUUUGUAAAGGAAAACAAGGACAUCCAGGAGCUCCGUCAGAGCUGUGGAGGAAGAGAUGUUGUUCUCAACAUCAAGGACGAGCAGCAGAUCCCAGAGCUGCUGGACAUGGUGGAAAAGAUGAGAGUUGAAGGAUCCAGAUGCUUCACAAAGGACAUGUUCACCAGGGCUCAGAUGGAGAAGGCUGUAGAGCAGGAGAACAUUAACACAAGACUUAAAGCUGAACUGCAGGAUGUUAAAAAGAAAAGUGAGAAAGGAAUAGAUGAUCACAGCAGAGAGCCUCUCAGGAUGGUGCUGGUUGGGAAGACUGGCAGUGGGAAGAGUGCAACAGGAAACACCAUUUUAGGCAAAGAACAUUUUAAAUCCCUCCAGAAGACUGUCCCCAAGUCCUGUGAGAAAGCAACAGGAGAGAUUGAUGGACGGCCUGUCGCUGUGGUCGACACCCCCGCAUUGUUUGAUAAAACUUUGUCUGAUGAUGACGUCCAACAGGAGCUCUACAAAUGCUUCAGCAUGUUGUCUCCUGGACCUCAUGUGUUCCUGCUGGUUCUGCAGAUUGGGAACUUUAAACAAGAGGAAAAAGACUCUGUGGAACUGAUCAAGAAAUAUUUUGGCAAGAAGUCUGGAGAUUUCAUCAUCGUUAUCCUCGCCAGAGGAGAUGAACUGGACAGUCAGUCAUUUGAUAUCGAAGACUGUGAUGGCUUUGUUAAAAAUCUCAUAGCUGACUGUGGAGGGAGAUACCAGGUGUUCAAUAACAAAGAUCACACAAAUCGCUCACAAGUCAGUGAGCUGAUGCUCAAGAUCGAAGCCAUGGGGAAGCAAAAUGGCGGCUGUUACAACACAGAGGAAUUCAUACAAAUGCAGGUGAAGAGGAUUUUGAAAGAGAAGGAAGAAGAGAUGAAGAGAGAGGAUGAAGACAUCAGGAGAAAACAUGAGGAAGAUUUGAAAACUUUGAAAAGGAGAGUCGACGAACAGCGUGAAGAAAUUGAACAGGAGAGAAAACUGAGAUCAAAACAGCUAAAGGACAAAGAUGAAUGCAUCAACAAGGAGCGUCAGGAGAGAAAGAAAGAACGGGAGGAAGAAGAAAGGAGAUGGAAAAAACAAGUAGAAACUCAGCGACAGGAAUGGAGAAGAAAACUGGAAACUUCAGAGAAAAUAGUUAAAUCAGAAAGAGAGCAAAGAGAAAAUGCUGAGAGGAAACUGGACCUGUGUAGAAAAGACAAUAAGAGAGAUCGAGACGCCUGGGACAAGGAAAGAAAGGACAUCUGGGAAAGAGUACAUCAGGAGGAUAAACAGAACCUGGAGGAGCUUAAAACAAGCUUCGGAAAGCUCCAAGAAGAGUACAAUCGUAAGAGAAGAAAAUGGACAUUUGCUUUGGUUGUGCUGUUGAUGUUUCUGUUAUUUUUAUUAUGUUGUGUAUUUCUGUACUCACACAGUGUGGAGACAAAAGAACACACAUGAAGAGUUUUACAGCUUGUUAGGCUGAUGAAAGGGUAAUUCCGGUAUUUUCAAACCUGGGCCAUAAUCUGAGGUUUAAACAGAAAUUAUUACAGAAAGUUUAGGAAUUAUUCUAGUACAUCACCUCAGCUGGCAGCUGCUAAAAGGGCUGCAAUAGCUGCAAUGUCAUUUCUGCACAUGAUUGUGCCCCUCAAUAGUAUGUCUACCAAAUGUGCUUUUUUGUCACUGGCUGGCUCAGCUUGUUAUUCUUACAACAUUAUGUAAAGGGUCCUUACAGAGAUCAACCUUUUUGCUAGGGUAGUUAAUGUCGGGGAAACUAGCAAGAGACAGCUAGAUUUUGAAAGUGUCAGCCAAGAAUAAUUCCACCGCCUCCCUUCAGGCCUCUGUCUAAAGCCACUCCCCCAAAACACAUGUUCAUGGGCAGGUAGGCAGGUAGACGAGCAGGUAGGCCGGCCACAGAUACAGGAUUUCAUUUUUUUAUAUACUUUUGGGUGUGCCAUUUGUGUGUUUUCUUUUUUCUUAUGUGUUUCCACCUGAACUGAACAGAAUUGAAAUUAAUUUAAUUGAACGUGAUUCUACAUGGAGCUGGAUCCAACAGAGGUGUUU